AUGUGCAUCUACAAACGCCUCCUCUUCUCGGCGUGCAACCACUCGCAGUGGUCGCCGACACCACUGCGCAUCUGCGCCGUCCAGCAAGCCUUCCUAGCGUCCUCCCCCUCCCCCUCGGCCUUGGCCUCAGCGGCCGGGGACGGCGCGGCCGAGGACGGGCAGCAAACAGGGCGGCCGGGGCCCUGCAAGCACCCGCGCGGCCACCCGCUGGCGACGGUCAAGGUGCAGGGGCGGUGCGAGCGCUGCAGGGGCUCGCGCGAGGACGUGGCGGCCAAGCUGGCGCGCGCGCGCGACCUCAUCUCGGAGAGCAAGCAGACGCUGAUCGGCGCCGACGAGCGGUGCCGCGCCAUCCUCGAGGACGCGGGCCUCGAGGUCGGCGACGGCGGCAGCGGCAGCGGGAGUGGGAGCAGCGACGAGGACGACCCGGCCGAGGUCGAGCGGCUGCGCGAGGAGAUGGAGGAGCUUGCGGUGGGGACUGCUGGUGGCGGCAAGGGUGGUGGUGAUGUCCGUCGUCGUAAUAACAGUGUGCUGAAGGAUCGGGGAGGAGUGAAGGGGGGUGGAGGGGGACAAGCGCGGCAAGGGCCGGAUCAGGGGGAUCCUGUCGUCGAGUUCCUGAAGAGGAGGAAGCAGGAGAAGAACGCUGGGUUGUUCAUGUAG